GGCAGUGGGGACGGAAACGGCGUGGGCCACAAUGGGUCUGGAGGCGGCGGUGGCGGUGGCGGUGGUGGCGGCGGCCAGCCGAUGGACCCGAAGAUUGUGGCCCUUUUAGCUGCCGCCGGUCGCAGUGUCGACAGCUUCCCAGCCGAUUUUAAGCUGGGCCUUCUCACCAACAGGGUAACUCCGGAGAUCUUGCAGCGCUACUUUAGCAUGGAGGCGAACUUCCUUGCUCGACUGGUUUGGGGCAUCGAUGGAUUCCGCGAGCGCCUGCUGGCUGACCCGUCUUUCUUCGUAAAGCUGGGGAUCGAGAUCGGGAUUGGCGUAGUCAUGAAGAUCACGGCCGAGUACACGAAACGCAAGGAGAAUUUUGUCCGUGAGGUCGACUUUGUGUUCGCCAACACACUCAUGGCUAUCAUUGCGGACUUCAUGCUCACAUGGCUACCGGCGCCGACUCUGUCGUACAGGCCACGUGCGGUCAGCAGUAAUGCUGUGGCGAACUUCUUCGCCCGAUGCCCGGACAACGCGUUCCAGAAGGUCCCACCCGGCAUGGAGCCGUUCACGCUAACGCAGCGCAUUGGCGCCAUUCUGCGUAACGGCAGCAAGCUGCUGGGCGUGGGCUUCUGCGCGUCCAUGAUUGGUGUGGGCGUCACCAACGCGCUACUGGCCGUCCGCCAGUUGAUGGACCCGUCGCUGGCGCCGCCCAAUGCGCCCCAGAACGUCGUGGCUACCUCCGCGGCAUACGGUGUCUACAUGAGCAUCUCCAGCAACCUUCGGUAUCAGAUCAUUGCCGGUAUCAUCGAGGAGCGCGGUAUCGAGGUUCUCUUCAAGGGCAAACCCGAGCUGUGCCACCUGCUGUCCUUCGCUGCGCGCACUGGGAACACCUUCCUGGGCAGCCUGCUGUGGGUGGACUUUGUGCGGCUUUGCGGUAUGCAGAAGGCCUCUGAGCCGCAGAAAGCCGCCGCCGCUCACUGACGCACAUCGUGAGCCGCCGUCUUUCCGUAACAACAUGCACCGCUGCAGACGAGGAAUUUUUUCAAGAGCAGUGGAACGGUUCCUGUGCUGGAGUGAAUGUGUGGAUAUGGGGGGCCAACUUGAGGGGGGUGGUGCAUGUCCUCUCGGUGGACCUGCGGAGAAGGGCACCUCUGCGUGGGGCUGCUUUUACGUGUGCUGUUUUUGACUUGCCAAUUUUAUUGGGUUUGAGGAGAGCUAAACACUUUCACUAGUCGGGGUUGAGAGCGGCUGCUGUGGGGCGCCCCUGUUCGGUGGACGGUUUGCACGGUUGACCCGGAUGAAUUCUUUUAACUGCAGUACGUGCGGGGGUUGCGCAAUUCAGUACAUGUGGGUUUCUUUUUGAGGUUUGUAGGGGGCCCCUGACAAUGUGCAUAGGCUACGAGAUGUGGAUUGUGCCGCCAACCGGUCGAGCCUCGUCAUGCAGAAAGCUGACGACCCUGAAAACGAUCCCUUGUAGGGCGACUAGGCAAGAAAUUAGGUUUACUGACAGCUUCUGAGGCAGCUCGCUGUGCAUGUUGACAGACAGCGUUAAGAACAGUUUUGACGUCUUGGUGAAGGUUAUGAUACACUGGCUUGUCACCAAUUGACAUGUGGUGAGAUGUUUUUAAAUCUUAGUCCGGUUGGCGGUUUAGACAGCUGAGCGCGUGUGCGUUUAGUAUGUGGGCGAGCAUUCCGUUCUAGCUGCUACUACUGCUGCUGCUGCCGCAAUUGGCGCUCCAUAAGCACCUUUGACCAAUUGACGGCCAGCUCGAUGCUAUUAUUUUUUACUGUUGUAGUGCAUGGAUUAUGUGCGGCGGCUCAAGAUGCUGCUGCUGCUGCUGCUGCUGCUGAACUAAUCGGGCUGUGAAGAUGUCACUUCGCCGCUACUAGGGUUACGUCGUCGUGCAUGGCAGGUAGUUCGUCGGUUUAGCAGGUCGCUAUGCGGUGUCAUGAAAUCUGGUUCUCAACGCAGGGAAGUUGGCACGAUGCAUUACUUAUCGUACCGAAGCUGUAACACAUAACUCGGUGUGGGGGGGUUAUGGCGUGUUACUGAUGUGUCAUAUGCACAUGGCGCCGUGGUCGCAUAUGAGCAGAUUGAUGCUGGCAAAUAGGAUUAGGAUUAGAAUUAGCGGGCGUCAGGCUUUGGUCUGAUCCAUCCGUCUGUGUUACAGGAAACGUUUGUUAGCAGGCGCACUGUUGGUCCAUUACAGGGAUCUGCGAAAGAAUUGGUGCACGAUUUGGGGCAUUGAAAUCUUGUAGCAAAGCUCACU